CCGUCCCGAAGCUACGCCCAUCAACCGCUGCCGUGGGAUGUUUUACAAAAUAUAGUCAUAAACCAAUUCCUUUUUCAUCAGUCUAUCUAGAAAUGAGGAAGUAUCUCAGCGUUGUCAAAUUCGCCUGGGUGUUUCUGAUGAAACUGCAGCAGUAAAUGAGGAGGACACCGGCAGUCUGAACAGAUGAAGUCCGCAGCCACAGCGCUUUCCACAAUAUUCGCUCUUCUUUUGUUUGACCCGGUUUACCUCGAGGCUAAAACAGUGAUUUCUGUGGAUGAUGUUGGUCAGUUCGUACGUGUGGAUGUGGAUUUGUCCCGUGUUGCCCGACGGGUGGAUGAAAGGUUUCUUUCCGUGGCUAUUGAUGCGAGUUUAUUAACCGAGGAGAAGUUUAUGAACCUACUGAAUUCACCAAAGUUAAGAACCCUCGCCAAAGCUUUGACCCCAGCCUUUCUGAGAUUUGGAGGCACCAAACAAGAUUUUCUAAAAUUCAGUCCACGCGGAAGAUAUUAUUUACAAGGCAGAGAAAACGGCAGCAGCGCUUUUCAAGGAAAUGUAUGUAUGAGACUUGAAUUGCCUCCACUGCUGGAAAACCGGUUAAAGCAGGAAUGGGUCCAACAGUCAAAAUCUUUACUUCUGAAGGAACUGGACGGAAAAUACCGCAACACCAAAUUCUCUGAAGAUUCUGUGGACUUGCUGUACUCUUUUGCAAACUGCUCUGGUUUGGAGCUCAUCUUUGGGUUGAAUGCUUUGCUGCGAACAAGCAGAAACUGUUGGGACAGUGGGAAUGCAAAACUGCUGCUCAAAUACUGUGAGUCCAGGCAGUAUAUGAUGUCCUGGGAGCUGGGCAAUGAACCCAACAGUUAUGAGAAGAAAGCAGGGGUCAGAGUGGAUGGAUUUCAACUUGGUCGGGAUUUCAUGCAUUUGCAUCAAAUCCUUCAGGAAUCCACAAUCUACAACUCAACAGGACUUUAUGGACCAGAUGUUAGUCAACCAAAAGAUCACCGCAAGGAUUUGUUAACUGGAUUUUUGGAGACUGGAGGAAAGGUCAUUAAUGCAUGCACUUGGCAUCACUAUUAUGUUAACGGUCGAGACACAUCUUUAGAGGAUUUUCUUGACCCUGAAGUGCUCGAUUCUCUGGCAACAAAAAUUAACGAGGUCCUCGAGAUGGUUGAAGCUGUUUCCCCGGGGAAGAAGGUUUGGCUGGGAGAGACCAGUUCAGCAUAUGGUGGAGGUGCCGUUGGUCUCUCUGACACAUUUGUGGCGGGUUUUAUGUGGCUGGACAAACUGGGGCUUGCUGCUAAGCUUGGUUUGAAUCUUGUUAUCAGACAGGUUUUAAUUGGUGCUGGCACAUACCAUUUAGUGGAUGAUAACCUCGAUCCUCUUCCAGAUUACUGGCUGUCGUUGCUCUUCAAAAGGCUUGUUGGUCAAGAGGUCUUAAAAGCAGACGUUACUGUCAAUUCAGGACUAAAGAAACCAAUACGGGUUUACCUUCACUGCACAAACAAAAAGAGUACACAAUACAAAGAAGGAGCUGUGACCUUAUUUGCCUUAAACCUGAACAAAAAUGAAGCCACGAUUAAUCUUCCAGCUCAUUUGACCAACGGCUCCAUUGAAGCGUUUGUGCUGCAGUCAGAUGAGGCUGGCGAACAAGGCCUUUAUUCCAGGUCAGUUCGUCUGAAUGGAGAGCUGUUGAAGAUGGUGGAUGAUCGAACUCUUCCUCCGCUGACAGGACGUGAGCUGCCGUCUGAUGAACCCAUCAAGCUGCCCGCCUUCUCAUUUGCAUUCUACGUUCUGAUUAAUGCACAAGCUGCAGUAUGCAAAUGA